GCCAGUCCCUGGGCCUGCCGCUCUGCAGUGGGCGCCGGCUCCCUGGGUUGGGAGGGGGCUCACGGGGCGGGUGGGAGGGUGGGGGGCCGGGGUGGGGUGGGGCAGGAUGCUGGAUGGCCCGUUAUUCUCCGAGGGGCCCGACAGCCCCCGGGAGCUCCAGGAUGAGGAGUCCGGCAGCUGCCUCUGGGUGCAGAAGUCCAAGCUGUUGGUGAUUGAAGUGAAGACUAUUUCCUGUCAUUAUAGUCGUCGCGCUCCUUCUCGACAGUCCAUGGACAUCCAGGCCAGCUACUGGGCCCGUGGGCCCCAGAGCCGCACGUGUAGGCUGCGCCCGGGAUCCCCUGAGCCGCCACCCCGCCGACCCUGGGCCUCCAGGGUGCUGCAGGAGGCGACCAACUGGCGGGCGGGGCCCCCCGCCGAGGUCCGAGCCCGGGAACAAGAGAAAAGAAAGGCGGCGUCGCAGGAGCGGGAGGCCAAGGAGACCGAGAGAAAAAGGCGCAAGGCUGGCGGGGCCCGACGGAGUCCCCUAGGUCAGCCCCGCCCAGAGCCCCGGAACGCCCUUCGGGCGGCCCAACCUACAGGGUUUCCAGUUUUCUCCAGACCAGAGCGCUUCGGGCAGGUGGGGCGAGCGCCCCGACCAUCCGUGCUCCCGCAGGGUGACCCAGGGGUUGCAUGGGCGGGGCCAUGGGGAGGCAGAAGGCCAGGGCCCCCUAGCUACGAGGCUCACCUGCUGUUGAGAGGCUCUGCAGGCACAGCCCCAAGGCGCCGCUGGGACCGGCCGCCACCCUAUGUGGCUCCACCUUCUUAUGAAGGUCCCCACAGGACCCUGGGGACUAAGCGAGGCCCAGAGCUCUCCCGGGCGCCCACCUCAUCAGCCCCAGUUCCAGCCACCACCAGGACAGAGGGAGGGCGUACGAAGAAGAGGCUGGAUCCUCGAAUCUACCGGGAUGUUCUAGGAGCUUGGGGUCUCAGACAGGGACGGGGACUCUUAGGAGGAGCUCCAGGCUGUACAGCAGCCAGAGCUAGGCCAGAGUCUUGCAAAGGGGCUAUAGAGAAAAGCUCAGGCCUAGUUGCUGCUGGCCUGAACAGUGCUGGCGAUAGUCAUUCCCAAGGCAAAACGACUGGCGGUCCAGGCACGGACGCAGCUCUCUCUGGGUCCGCCAUCAGCAGCCCACCUCGUCCUGUUCCCAGGUCCAGGCAGCACCUCAGGGGGUCAAGGAAAGGGAAAGAAGGAAGUGAGCAGAUAUGGCUUCCCACGUGUUGGCUUGCCUCCCCUAAAAAGCCUCCAGUUAGGCACAGCCAGACUCUCCCUAGACCCUGGGCUCCUGGAGGCACCGGGUGGAAAGAGUCCCUGGGUCAAAGAGAGGGGACAGAACACGAGACCCUGGAAGUUUGGAAGGUGACCCGCCGUGCCCACACCCUGCCCCGCAUUUCCCGAGGUCCCGCUGGUAGAGAAGGCAUCUUUGUCAUUGACGCCACAUGCGUGGUAAUAAAGUCCCAGUACGUUCCGACCCCUCGAACCCAGCAGGGUCAGCUCGUGCCCUCUGGGGAGUCGUGCAGUGUGAGCGACAGCCUCAGGCAACCCAAGCCCUGUCACGAGGAGGAGGGCGAGGGGGCCGCUGCCAACCCUUCAGUUUGCCAAAAGCGACUGUUGAGCAGUCGAGUCUUAAACCAACCGAGCGAGGGUCACGAGUGCGAGGCCGAGGUCGGACAGCAGGGGGAUUCUUCACUGGAGGAGCGCUCCUCCAGCGGUUUGGGGUUCCCUGUCGGAGAAGUGAACCCGCGAGACGCCCCCACGCAGCCAGGUAGCCAAGAGCACCCGACCUUAGGCCCAGCGGCUCCGGUAUGCGCGGGCAGCUUGAAGGGUUCAGAAGCGCCUGGGGUCCCGCGGCGCGCGGGCGGGGGCUGGGCGCGGACUCCAGGGCCCUACGCCGGGGCGUUGCGAGAAGCCGUGUCCCGCAUCCGCCGCCACACCGCCCCAGAUUCGGACUCAGACGAAGCAGAGGAUCUCAGCGUCCAUAGCGGCUCCUCUGAUGGAAGCGACACAGACGCCCCAGGCGCCUCCUGGCGGAAUGAGAGGACCCUGCCUGCGCUUGGGAACACCCGGCCCAGGGAAGGCGGGAAGACAGCAGGGCUGAGCGACAGUAUCCGGGAGAUUGUGAAUGUCAUCAGUCAAACCGAGGAAGGUCUCGUCCGAGAGGACACUAGGAAAACGCCACAGGGAAAUAGAGAGAGGGAGUGAGCGAUGCCCCUCUUUGUUCUCGUGUCGCUCAGCCCAUCCACCCUGGGCUCACCGGCUCCUUCUCUCUCUCCAGGCUUCGUUUGCUUCCUUUUCUUCUUUCCCACCGAUACCUGUUCCCACACUAGAAACAGAGGAGAGAGGAGGAACGAGGGAAGGUAGCGUUUGCCAACUCAAGGGUUAGUUUCAGGGAAAGUGUGGGUGGGCCAUCCACACCUGCUACAUUCGGUGUGGAACUGUUCAGACAGAGAAAGCGAAGGGGCAGGGAUGGUGCCUGCGAUGGGCAGGGCAGGGUCCCUGACAGGAGAGAAAAAGUUAUGGAGAGGCCUUGAACCUAGUGACUGAGUGGAGGAGACAGAGGAACUUUGGGCAGAGAAGAAAUGAAUGCGUACAUACAACCAGCAACCUGGCGAGAGGGCUCUCUUUGAUGUUACAACUCAAGUUUCAAUUCCAACUCUGCCACUGACCUAGCUGGUGGACCUCAGAGUAACUAUUUUUGCGCCCGGGCAUCCCGGACUUCUGUAAAUGUAAAAUGAGCGCUUUCUGCCUCCCAUUCUUUUGUCCCUAGGAUUUUGUGAAUAAGCGAGUAGAAAGAAUCUGAGGGUUCUUACCCACUUCGGUCAUCCUCAGUUCGGAAGACUGUCAAGGUUUUCAGAUUUAAACGGACAAAGGGCUUCUAUUCCAGUUUCCCCAGUUUAGGUGAGUGCUCCCACAGCCGAGCAGGAUCACGGUCCUAUCACUGCCUCUGGCCUGCUGUGGCCCAAGCUGGAGAGGGAAGGUAGCCAAUGAGUCAGCUUGGGACACUUUUAGGCCUUCCCCUUCUCCUCCAUCUCCGUGUCCUUAGUGACGCUCUGAAGUGUUACCCGGAUUUUCCACGCAGACGGUAUCGCCCACCGGAUAGGAUCUUGACAAUUUCUGUGUCUCUCCAAGGAAAACAGCCAGGCGAGGAGGAAGGUGGAUUUUUCAGCAGACGGUGCGGGGUGUGAUACUCGCUGUAGCCACUACGGGGCGCGCGCAGGUCGCGGAUUCCCCCGGUUGCUGGUGCUCGAGUGCCCCUACACCAGCACUGCCAGUUAUCUGGAUCCCUAGUUACCGGCGCCGGUUUCCUGCCUUGACACCUCCAAACCGCGCGCGGGGCCGGGAGCAGGCCUCCGGCCUCCCAGACUUCUGGGGCGCGCCGAGCCCUUCUUUGUAUUAAUCCACGCCAACCGGUUUGAGACUGACAUUUAAGCCUUUCUUCUUUUUUCUUUUCUUUUCUUUCUUUCCAACCCUGGGCACUUCCUCUGUGUCUGCCAUUUAUUAGCCAUGUGACCUUGGCCAAAUCACUUCACCUCCCUGAGCCUCAGUUUCCUCAUCUGUCAAAUGGGGGUUUAUAAACACCUACCUCGCAGGGUUGUUGUGAGGAUUUAAUGAGGUAAUGUAUAUAAGGCGUCUUGCACAGUGCCUGGCACAUAGCAGGCGCCCAGUAAAUCUACUCGUCCCUUUAUGCA